ACACAAAAGGCAAUUGUUUGAUAACGACGUCUUGUCUGGGUUAACUGAUUGACAAAUUAUUAGUGUAGCGGCUCCCCCUACUGUGCUAUCAUUCAGCAAAGCUGGUCUGAGACUGCCUAGGUUGAGCUCCAUCCAAUCCAAUAACUCAACACACCUUUAAAUCUAUUGUUAGGGGGACACCUGGUAGAAAAAGAGGCAUAUGGCACAUGUGUAUAUACAAAGAUACAGUUUUCUAACCUGCUGCUGAGGAACGUCCUCAUUAGUUGUAUAGCACAUGUACCUUGCAAGCAAGAUGGCAUGAGACAGAAUCCCACGAGUUAGUGAAGGCCAGAUUCAUUCUACAGUGAGAUCUAGUCUGGAAUUGAAACAAGGGGACACCUGUCUUCCUUCAAUCUGCUUAAUAUACCUCCUGAUGGCAUAUUGGCUACUGGGUUGAAGCUGUCAAAAAAGGUGCUUUGCAUAGCAGGUUAGUGAAGUAAAAGACAGCACCAGCAAGGCUGACCAAUUCCUGUCCUUUUCAUGCUCCUCCUCCUAAGACAGUGUCCAUCUGUCACUCUGGCUGGAUGCACCACAUUGUCUCUGUGUCUAGUCUCGUUGGUAUUCACUUUCACCGUGUGAUUUAACAAGCAAGGCUGCAUCUAGUGUUGCUAAGAAAUUCCUAAACUAGGCAUUUGAAAGGAAGAGCUAUUCUACCAGCAGGGAUGUCUUUGUACCUCCAAUAUCCAAAGCUGAAUGAACCAAGGAAAAAAAAACACAUUUAGAAGUGGAGAAAUUAAACUGGUUAUCUGGCUGCAUUCCCAGGUUAUGUACUGUGUGUUUUCUCCAUGUUUCAGAGACCUGUACAAGAACUUUGUCAACUACAGCUGGUAACCCUGAAUCAAUUAUAUAUAGCCUUCUGUACUAGUUUAUCAUGUUAAAGAUCUUAUGUCAAUUUCCUAAGCAAAAAAAUAAUAUCACUACUUAUUUCACUGAUUUAUUAUUUAUUCUCUUGUUCUUUGUCACAUUGGCUUAGUAGUAAAAGUGUUUGAAGCAGGAAAACACAUCUGACAUGAGCAGUUUUUUCAUAUAGAAAAGGUACACAGAUCACUUUUCUCUCAAAGAAAAAAAGCUGUAUUGAGAAGAACAUAUCCACCAAUAUUAUUCAUCGACCAAUAUAAAAACUAGAUUACAACCAGUGGUAUAUAUCCACCAGUAUCAUACAUCUAGCAGUAUUGCCACAGCACGAAGAAAUGCAUAUGUUAUUUUUCUUUCUUUUUUUAAUUAGAAGUUUGCUGCCCUCAUUUUCUGGAUGUCACUUAAUAUCUUUUUCAGCUACUACAGAAAACCAGGUAGUGUGUCUUCAGCACUUAUGCCAGUGGAUGUAGGACUAGCAUCCCUCCCCAAACAAUUCUUUCAGAGGCGCUUUGUUCUCAAUGUAUAAACGGUGCAAAGCUGUGCUCCAAAAUGGGGUCAACAAAAAAACACCAAAUAUGCAAAAUGCACACAAAGCAAACUAACCCAAAACAAAGGAACAUUUUAAAUACAGCCUAUUUUUGAUACAACAUCCAGACAGCAACAGAGCCCAUGAUGUUCUGUUACUGCUGUUCUAAGACUGGAUGGUAGUACGUAAAUGUACUGUACUUAAGCACAAAAAAGCUUUGUUAGUCUUGUUCUUGGGAUUAGCCGGAAAUCUAAGGUGGUCUGCUAUCAGAUACAGUCCCUCUGCUUGUUUUACUGUUGCUUGUCGGAGCAAAGACCUCAGACAUAAAAAUUCAUGUCUGUAUUAACACCCCCCCACACACACACACAUCUAGUCAGCCUGUAGUCCCCGCUGUCUGUCGCUCUCUGCCCAUCACUGACACUUGAGUAGACCCAGCCCUCUAUGAGGAGAUUAACUCCAGACACAGCCAAUUGGCUGCCAGGGUUGGGCAACUUUAUGGCUGGUGAGAAACUAGAUAUAGGGGUGACAGCAUUGAACUCGGAAAGGUGAGAAGACAGGCAGGACCUGAGAGGGAAGGAGAGAGUUUCUUUGUGUGGGAUAAAUGAGCUUUCCAUGAAGGAGGCUGGGGAUGGACUGCACGCGCAGAUGAACUGCAUGAUGGGAGCCCUGCAAGAGCUCAAAAUGCUCCAGGUACAGACCGCAUUGGAGCAGCUGGAGAUUUCGGGGAGGUCCUUCCAGGGUGGCCCAGCCGACGGCGUGUCAAUGUCUCCUCCAGCAGAGGCGUCCCAUCCAGGCUCCAGGAUAGCCAGAAGGGAAGAGUACCAUAACCAUCGGGGGGGCAGCUUAGAGAGCUCCCCAUCAUCCUCCAGCUCAGAGAGUGGGAGUUUCUUCUGCCCCAGGAGGUACGUCAAACACGAUCUACCGAGGAAGGACAACCACGGCUUUAGGGGAAGCAACUGUGUGGAGCAAUGUCCUCCAGCCCGGGUGGAAGAUCUUCCCAAGAUCCUACGUAGCCUCUCCCGUGAAGGCCCCUCCCUGGACAGUGAACCAUUACCAGACAGCACAGAUGACUCCAAUGACUGGACCUCCUCGCUGAUGUGCCAGGGCCGGAACAGACAGCCCUUGGUCCUGGGGGACAACGUCUUCGCUGACCUGGUGGGCAACUGGCUGGACCUUCCGGAGCUGGAGAAGAAAUCAACAGAUGAGGGAGAAGAGGUGGGAAGGCUGGGGGAGGACAGGGGCGGCCAUCCCCUCCGGCUGACCCGUUCGCAGGAGAUCUGCAGGAAGUUCUCUCUGACUGCCAAUUUUUUCAAGAGGGUCCUGCGCAGCGUCCGCCCGGAUAAGGACAAGCUGCUCAAGGAGAAGCCGGGAUGGAUGCCCCUGGAUGACGCCCGCAGUGAGCUCUUCAAGAGGCCCAAGAAGGCAAGCAAGGCCAAGGGCACUUUCUACCUUCCCAUCCGGCCCAGCGGGCAGGGCAAAAACAGACCAUUCCCCCGGACAGGGGAGGAAACAGGCCACAGGGUGGGGAUUUACAUCAACCGGAGAGGGCAGGCAGAGGUGAUGGAGCCUGCACAGGCGGUAUUUGAUUACAACACAGCUGUUUGGGUGUAAUCACAGAAUAUCAAGAGUGAUUGGAUUUAAUCUCCUGUUCCCUUAGCUAGAUUGCUUAAUGGCUUCCAAAUACAGUAAGUGUACUGUCAAUGAAAAUCCAAACUGUUUCACUCACUGAACUUGGCUGGAGUGUAACAAAGGACACAGACCUAAUGUGCAGAAAUGUACUUUUUCCUCUGUAUAUGAGCUGAGGGGCCUUUCUCUCGCUGCCAGUGUGAUGAGCGGAGUCCUUGAAUUUGCACUUUUCUUAAUUUUAAAUCAGUUGCCACAUAGAUGGAAGGUGUCUCUAUUUUAGUUUUUUUUUUCCUUUUUGGAGAGUUCUGCUCAUGCAGCACAAAAAGCCUUUACCUCACAAAUCUUGCACUCCGAUGUUUACAAUCCCAAGGAAAGCGUGCCACAAGAUACCAGAAAAAAGGGCAGUCCUAAACUGGUGGAUUGGAACAAAGUCCUCAAAAGGUCCUGACUAAAACAGCGACAAUGUUACCACAUAUCCUGUAUAUUUCAUAAAGCAACCCACAAAUUGGCCUUGUGUGUGCUUAUAAUACCAAAACAAUAUAAGAUUGUAUACUGAUUCAAGGAUCUGUUCCUGGAUUUCUGGACAUAUGCCAUGCAUUCUGCUUCACCCCCAAUAGCUUGUUCCAGACACACAUCACAUGCAGCACACUUGUAGUUUCCAGGAAACUGGGGCUUCCAUGAUGUGGAGCCCUUGCUUUCAACAAAAAAUGGAUAAAUAUAGCCAGUAAUGAGUUAUCUGUGGUUUCUAAUGCUUCAAACUAAUGAGCUGUUCAGUGAUCCUAUGAACUUGAAUCUGUUAGACUUCCAAACCUUAUCAGCUUUAUUCUUCCCUAAUCCUUGAGAGUGUCCAAGAUAAGUUUAUGGUUUUUUAUUAGCGAAAUAAUUAAAGACUGACAGUACCUUAGAGACCCUUUGUGUUGUCAGGCUGCUAUGCAGUCAGAGCCAAUGCAGUGAGGAGACCAAUAGGAAACCUGCACCAAGCUAAGGCAGCUGGCUUACUUUAGCUUUUCUGGUGAAAAAAGGACAUGUUAUGUGCAGAAUUAAAGGUCUCACUUUUACUGUGCUUAGGAGACUAGCGCUAUUCUUUGAUUUAUAUCUAGACUGUGCAGGAAUAAUUUACACGUGAUCUUUUUAUUGCCAAUGUAUCAGUUUCAUAGCUCUUUUCUUUCCAUAUUAUCUACAGAGCAUUUUCAUCAAGUGUUUUUUGUCGUUAGUCGGUAAUAUGUGCAGCUGACAUAUAAUAUCCAGUGAAAAACAAGAGAGAGGAAUAAUAAAUCAUUUUUAACUGAUUUAUUAUUUUUAAUGGACUGCAAAUCGUCUGAUUUGUCUUUGGAACAAUUCAGAGCCAUUUAAAGCAGUAAAUCAGAUUGCAGAAAGAAGAAGGCUGAAGACAAGCUCAGUCAUUCAGGCUCUAUCAUUCUUUUUAUUGCUGACAAUUGCUGACCCUCUCUGCCCAUGUGGUUCUGGUCAGGUUUUUUUUUUCCUGCCAUGAGAAAAAGCAAGUACAGCUGCAGCAAUCCAACAUUUAUUAACUUUAAUCUCAGAAGCAAAUUUUCUCCCUGUAGUCUGAGUAAACACUUAUUUGUUGUAGAUUUUGCCGUCUUGUAACUUUCUGUAAUUAGUUUACUGUCGUCGCUCUUCCUAGAGACAUUUACUGUCUUUUAUUGGAAGAAGCAGCAGAACGAUUCCAAUCACCAGUGGCCAGACAUAAAGGCUUCCUGCUGCACCUAGCAGCAGUGUGGAGUAGUGGUUGGGGAUGUGGGUUCAGAACCCAGGUGAAACACUACUGUUGUACCCAGUAAAAUGCCUUGCUGUAUAAAUAGGUACAAAUGAAAAUCAGCCAAAUAAAUUGGUGAAAAAAAGGCACAGGGUGCAGGUGACCAGCCCUGUUUCUGAUACAACAUAUCAGAACUGAAAUGGCAUUCGUAGUCUUUGUGGCCUGAGAUAUGACUGUGGGCUAUCUGAAAAAAACAAAGGGUUAUGGAAAUGAUCUUACCCAGAAUUUGCAUGCAGUAUGUGGUAAAAUGUUAAUACUAAAUCUGACAGUCCAGGGAAACAAUGCAAAAGCAAACAGAAAAUUUAACAGUGGGCAAGAUUUAGAAUAAAGUGCAGUUUUGGUCUCUAUAUCCUACUAAAGUAUAUUAAAGCCUUAG